AUGGUCGAAAUUACAAUUAGGAAGAGGCCUCGCACGGAGGCCGUCGUAACUCAACGCAAGUUCUUCAAAAAGACAGCGAGGGGGAAAGUCAUAAAAGUCCUGCGAGAACGCUACCUACGAGACGAUGUAGCGUGCGGAAUUGAAAGCUGUAGAAGCUGUUCUGAAUUACCUGGAACUAGUAUUCUUCCACCUUCCGGCGAUCAGCUUCACCCACUCUUUCCUAAUGGCCAUUUUGUUCUUCCUGAUACAAAUGUUUUCUUAUCUCAGAUGGACCUUAUUGAAAGUCCACUGUUUACACCACCGAUUAUCCUCCUACAAACAGUCAUCGAGGAAGUCAGGCAUCGCUCCUUGCCGCUUUAUAAUCGCCUUAAAGCGUUGACGAGAAUGGACGACAAGCGGAUAUGGGUUUUUUAUAACGAAUAUAGGUCGGAAACAGCUAUCAUUCGGGAGGAAGGCGAAACACCCAAUGAUCGGAACGAUAGAGGCAUCAGGAAAGCCACAGAAUGGUACAAUUCACAUAUCAGUCUCAAUCGACCUCCCAUUCGCGGUCGACCAGCGCCAAAGUUGCCUACCGUUGUUCUCAUGACAGAGGAUGCUGCAAACAGACAAAAGGCGGAACAAGCGGGUAUCGCUUCGAUCUCCGUGCGAAAGUACGUCGAAGGGGUAAAGGACGCCAAUCAGCUGUUGGAUCUACUCGCAGCAGCUGGAGCAGAAGACAUUGAACCUACCAAGGCAGUGGCAGGUCGCCAGGCUUUAUAUCCCGAUUACUUACCUGCGGCAAUGUUAAAUGCUGGCGUCAAGUCCGGAGAACUGUAUCAGGGCCACUUCAAUGCCAAUCAAUACAACUACUUAGAGGGCAGCGUCCCUGUACCCGCAUUCAGUAAACCUGUGUUGCUCAUUGGUCGAGAGAACAUGAACAGGGCUGUUCAGGGUGACGUGGUUGUUGUAGAAGUGUUUGACAAGAAGGAGUGGAAAGCUCCUGCGGACGAGGUGGUGGACCAAGAUACCGCGUUGAAGAACGACGAUGCUGAAGACUCUGGAGACGAAGGCGAAGGCGAGGGCAAUGAGUCUGUAGCUCGAGAAAAGAAGCUCUUGGAGUCAGAGAAACGUAGUUCUGAGAAGCAACCCACGGGCCGUAUCGUAGGUGUCAUCAAGCGCAACUGGCGAGCCUAUGUAUGCCACAUCGACAGCACUUCUCUCACAUCUUCAAACGCCACCUCUCUUUCCCUUCAAACUGUCUUUGCCACACCAGUAUCAAGACUUCUUCCUCGCAUCAGGCUCCGUACUCGACAAGCCCCCAUCCUAAUCGGACAAAAGAUCCUCGUCACGAUCGACAGGUGGGAUACAACGUCUCGGUACCCUGAAGGACACUUCGUGCGUGCUUUAGGGAAGGUUGAGAGCAAAGAAGCAGAACAGGAGAGUUUGUUACUGGAGUUUGAGGUGCCUUAUCGGCCAUUUGGAAAAGCGAUUUUGGAUUGCUUGCCACCUCAGGGAGAGCAGUGGGUUGUCCCUCCCAAAAGCCCUGAUAGCCCCGAGUGGAAGGAUAGAGAGGAUUUGCGAGGAUUGAUCAUUUGCAGUAUUGAUCCGCCAAAUUGUCAGGAUAUCGACGAUGCAUUGCAUGCUCGCAAGUUACCUAACGGAAACAUCGAAGCUGGAGUCCAUAUCGCUGACGUUUCCCACUUCGUACACCCUGAUAAUCCAAUGGACAGUGAAGCUGCUUCUCGAGGAACGACGGUUUACCUCGUAGACAAACGCAUUGACAUGCUUCCGUCCCUUUUGGGGACUAACCUAUGCUCACUGCGCCCAUUCGUCGAACGAUUGGCAUUUUCUGCAAUAUGGGAAAUGACGCCGGAAGCAGAGAUUGUUAAUGUUCGGUUCACGAAGUCCGUUAUCGCGUCCAAAGCUGCUUUCACCUAUGAGGAGGCACAAAUCCGUAAAGACGACCCGCACCAACAAGACGAGCUAACGCAAAGCAUCCGACUCCUCAACUCCCUCGCACUCAAACUCAAAGCAGGGCGCAUGGCAGCAGGCGCCCUCAAUCUCGCCUCACCCGAAGUCAAGAUUCAGCUGGACACAUCCGAGUCCUCCGACCCCAUCGACGUGGAACAGAAAGAACUAAGGGAGACGAACAGUUUAGUCGAAGAGUUCAUGUUACUCGCCAACAUCAGCGUAGCGCGCAAAAUUCAGGAAACGUUCCCGCAGACGGCGGUUUUGAGGAGACAUUUACCGCCCCCACGAACGAAUUUCGAAAAGUUGCAGGAUAUAUUGAUGAAGAGGAAGGGAAUGAAGUUGGAUGUGUCGAGUUCGGGGGCGUUGGCUGCUUCGUUGGAUCUUUGUGUUGAUCCGGAAUUACCAGCGUUCAACACACUUGUAAGAAUAAUGGCUACAAGGUGCAUGCUUUCCGCAGAGUACUUCUGCUCAGGCAGUGUGGCUCGAGAUACGUUUGGUCAUUACGGGCUCGCCAGUCCUAUAUACACCCAUUUCACCAGUCCCAUCCGUCGAUACGCAGACGUUCUAGCUCACAGACAACUAGCAGCAGCCAUCGGCUACACACCCCUGCACGCAACCCUCCACUCCAAAACGCACGUCGAGCGCGUGCUGGACGUUGUUAACCGAAAACACCGCAUGGCACAGAUGGCAGGCCGAGCGUCUGUGGAGUUUUAUGUUGGUCUGGCGCUCAAGAAUCGGGGGGAGAGGGAGAAGGAGAAGAAGGGUACGGUUGGGGAGGUGAGGGAGGAGGCAUUUGUGAUCAGGACGUUUAGGAAUGGGUUGGGGGUGUUUGUGUCAAAAUUGGGUAUUGAAGGACUGGUGAUGUUCAAGCGCGAUAACCAGUUCGACGCGGACAAUUAUACGAUUACGGUACCCUCUGGUGGUGGGAAGGAUGUUACGAUAUCGGUGUUUGAUAAGGUGGAGGUGAGCAUUGAAGUGGAGAAGGAUAAAAAUACCCAGAGGGGGCGUGUAAAAAUGACUCUUGUCCAUCCUGUUGAUUCGAGGUCGUUGUAG